AAUUUUUGAAGAGAUCGUUGUUGUACCUAGAGAAAAAGAGCAGGGAGCUAAGAGAAGUGAUUUGGGGGAGCGGCCUGUUGUGCACGCGUCUAGAGUGUGUGAGGAGGAGGCGUUGGGCGCCAAAGCUAAGGCAACCCCAAUAUUGACGAGCAAGCCAGGUGAGAGAAGGAGGAGUGCAGGU